AUGGAAGAGAAAAAGUCAAUACUGCACGAAUUAUACGUGUUUUCCGAAUGGAAACCAGAACCCGAAUAUUUACAAAAGUCUGACAACAUUUUACCUGAAAACAUAUCAUCCCUUUGGAGAUGGUUAAAUUUUUUUGGGCCUAAGAAGAGACUUAUUGAUAGCAUCACAGCUUUUAAAGAAAGACAACAAAAGUGGCACAUCGCUCUGGGCGAUGCGGGCAAAGUGAUAGCUGUACUUGCAGAUAAUAUCCUUGAGAUCAGAACCAAGCGUUCUGAAUAUGCUACUAUUGCAGCUAGAACUACAGAACUAACAAAGGAUAAUGCUUCCACUAUGGAUUGCAACCGACCAGGUGGUUUAGAAUGCACGGACAACACACACGCUGUUGCUGAUAUUAUUUUCAUGCCACUCAGGGUGAAGGAUACUAAAUGGAACUGGGAGGUCCUUGUAGUGACAUACGACGGCAAGCUGCGCGGGUACUUGGUCUCUCAGACUGAUGGAUUCAAGCUCCAUCACACGUUCCGCUUCGGCGGCGCGGGUGGAGUUUCUUCAAUGACGUAUUGCGAGGCGCACUCCACGUUGUAUGUGGCUGGGGUUCCACAUAGUGGCAGCAAGGACCCUACAUCCCCCCUUAGCGCGGGUAUAACCGCGUGGCGCAUUUUGAACGACGACCCGUUCUACAAGCUAUCGGUGGUCUCCGACCAGCUGGAGAUGCAGCUGGCCACUGACCGUUUCCAGAUGUACAUUCCAUUUAUAUCAUCGAAGAACCUAGCUUUCAUAGUUCACAUGGUGCUGUCGCCGGAUGGCAGUAAACUCGUCUGCCUACACUGCAACGGCGAUAUAUCGGUGUGGCGUCUGCCAGUUCUGAAACAGUUGUACCGCUGGCCGUUGGUUACUCAGCCACAAUGCGAUCUGGAUAACCCACUGGUGAUAGAGGAGAAGGCGGUGAAGAAGGAUAUGUCCUCGUAUUAUGCUGCUGAUGUCAAUUGGUGGACUAACGAAGAAAUAAUACUGUCGCGGUUCAGCGGCGCUGUGACAGUGUGCGAUAUCAAAGACAUGAUUAACAUCUUGGGGAAGAAACCGGAGUUCUUUCAAGGCGCACCUCAUGUAACUUGCGCUCUUGACGGAACCUUCAUGGUGCUAGAGUGCGAGACCAACGUGCUGCCAGCGAAGAAAUCAAACAGUAGUGAGAGCAUGGAAGUAGUUCAAGCUGAAUGCGAGGUUGAAGAUUCCAUGCUCGAUCUGACCAAAGAGCUGAUAAAGUCGGUGCUAUACUCUAUCACUGACAUUGAGACAUUCCAACCGCGGCCCAAGCGCAUCACUGUCGUGUCCCGCAUCUAUCGAUUACUGGGUGUAAAGAGUACCACACCUGAUGAGCUGUUCUCUAGAAAGAUUGAAAGCGGUAACUACGCAGAAGCGCUCGCCCUGGCCGACACGUUUAAUCUGGACAGCGAUUUGGUAUACCAACAGCAGUGGAGGAAGAACCCUGUCUCCACUGAGGCCAUCCAGAAAUAUUUGAGCAAAGUGUCUAAGAAGAUCUGGGCAGUGCACCAGUGCGUGGACAGGUUGCCAGAAACUGUACCAGCGGCCAAAGAAUUACUGCAUUUCGGCUUACAACUAACCAACGAACGCAUUUUGGAUGAAAUUAACAAAGAUCGCGAUGAAGACGACAUAAAGGACCUAGAUGACAUUACUUUGGAGGAUCUGAACGCUUACACCAGCGAGCUGCUGCGUUGUCGACAUGUCAUGCUCUUUUAUAAGGAACGACUACGUCUGUACGAGGCGAUCCUCAAGUGCGAGAAAUCAACGUAUGUGAAAGAUGAGUACGACCGCCUGCGCAGCAAUAGCAUUGUGCGCAGUGCCAUGGAGAUCGCUAAAGAGGGACGCAUCGAAGCGCUCACUUGCCUCUGGCCGCACAUAAAGACCAUCCCGAUGCAACUUGCGGUACUCAGCAAGCUACCAGAGACAAUCAACCCGAUAGACUACCAACACCUACUGCCGGUGCGUCAGCCCGUGCAGUGGUUCGAGAAGAAAUCACCAAUUAAACUGCAAGCCGAUGAGCACGAGAACGAUUGGUGUAGGAAGGAGAUUUUCAGAUCAAUCUGGAGUUCAAACUGGUCUGAAGAGACAACGCCAGAAGCAGAAACGGCGUCUGAGGAAUCCGAGAUGGACGCAGUAUCUGCAUGGUACAACAGUCGCGCUAGAGAAAUCGAAGAACGCAGCGGUUUGGUGUCUCAUGCGUUAAAUCUAGUCACUAUUGCGUCUGUGGGCGGAGGCGUCGAGGGCCUGGACAAUAUCAUGUUCUACCUCCUCACGUUGGACACAUUGAUCUAUGACAUUAAUGUGGAGAAUGUCACUUUGAAGCAGUUGAAGAAGCUUUCUACGCUGGAAACUUGCGCGCUUUUGAUGGAAAUGUCGACACCAGCGACUUUCGUGGCAGACUUGAAGCAGUUCGUCAUCCCAUUCCUGAAGCGGUACGAGAACUUGACGCAGACAGCAAACGCGUGUCAAGUGCAUCUCAUGGACUACCUUGAGAGUAUAAGUGUCAAUGACCUUUCAUACAUUCUGUUGGUUCUCCAAUCGCCGAGCGAAUUCGAGCUGGAGGUUUCUGUUCAUCUGGAGCUAGCUGAGAGAUGCCUCUUUGCGUACACCGGCACUGACCAACUCGACAAGGCCUGCGAUUUGCUCGACACGCUACUAAGGGAAAGUGACGGUAGCAUAUCGAACAGCGAACUAGUCCAUCGUGUGAAGGAAAUCGAGCGUCUCGUCUCGGCCAGCAGUAAGAUAUCCUGGCGAGGAGUGCUCAUCCCGCCUCGUGAUAUUCGUGACAUGCACGAGGACCCCAAGCAUGCGCAUAAUCUGCUCACGCGUAUUGCCAGGUGUCUUUCAACCAGGGAUGAGAAGCCGACUCAAGCAGACUGGGAGAAACUCUUGGAAGACAUUUUAGAACUACAAUCCACACUUUUCAACUGCAUUAGCAAGGAGGAAUGCCACGAGAUCUACGCAUCUGCUCUUCUAACAUCAGGUGACAUUCCGAGCAUCAAAUUGGCGUCCGAAGUGCUAACAUGCGAAGCCGGCGUCAGACGCAAUUCGCACCUGGUCAGUUAUAACCGUAGCGUCGACUUGGUAUCUCAGGCUUCCAGGGAAUACUUUAACUCUGCAUCAUCGCUCACUGAUCCCGCUUUGGAAAUUGCGAAAGCCUGCUUGACUCUGAUAAAGGAUGGAAAUCAGCAUAUUCAAGAGGAACUAGAUCUGAUAGCAGCUCUGCCAAUUUUGCUCACGUUUCAGCUUGACGUAAUUCCUAUACAAGUUCGCAUUUGUGAAGAUCGAAUGACGCUGAUAGACGAAUGUUUGAAAAGUGACAAAAAUGGUUAUUUAGCAAGCCAUAAGCUACUUAAAUUGGCCAAGCUGUUGAGGGUCUUCAAAGACGAUGAACACAAGAGGGAGGGCACGGUGCUGCAGCACGUGGGCGAGGCGGCGAUCGCGGCGGGCCCCGCGGGCUACGGCGCGGCGCUGGCCGCGGCGCGGCGCUUGGCGGCCAUGCGGUUCGCGCCCGCGGCCGCGCUGCUGUCGCACGCCGCCGCCUUCGCGCACGCGCACGCCGACCGGAACACGCGCCGCGGCCUCUUCGCCGCCGCCGCCACGCACUGCCCCGCCGACGGCAUCGAGGACAUCCUGCGCGCCAGACUAGCGCUGGAACUGGAAAGCCUACAGCAGAUGGGCAUGGCGAUUAGAGGAGACCACGAUGACGACGAGCGCUGGCCUUCUUUCGACGACGAGUUCUCCGAUGCCAUUACGACGGUCACCAGGACUCCACCCCUUGGAAGAUACUUGUUAUUUUGA